GCCGGGCAAAGCCAAACCCCAAAUCUCGGACGGACCAUGAAGCUCACCGUGAAGACGCUCCAAGGCGUGGCCUUCCCCAUCGAGGCCGAGCUCACCGAUACGGUGCUCAGCGUCAAGGCGAAGAUCGAGCAGCAGAACGGGUCGGCCGUCGACCUGCAAAAGCUCAUCCACGCGGGCAAGGUCCUUAAGGACGAAAGCCCCCUCUCGGAGUACAACGUCAAGGAGAAUGACUUCUUGGUCGUGAUGGUCACCAAGCCCAAGGCGGCGAAGAAGCCGGCGGCUGCGCCCGCUGCGGCCCCAGCGGCUACCCCGGCGGCGGCUCCCGUCGCGGCCCCCGUUGCCGCGUCUGUGGCUACCCCGGCGGCCCCUGCCCCGGCGGCCCCCACGGCUACGCCUGCUGCUGCUCAAGCUGAGGCCCCCGCUGCUCCCGCUGGCAUCGUUGUCGGUGAAGCUCUCAGCGCUACGAUCCAGCAGCUCUGCGAUAUGGGCUUUCCGGAAGACCAGGUCCGCUUGGCCCUUCAGGCCGCCUUCAACAACCCCGACCGCGCCGUCGAGUAUUUGAUGAACGGUAUUCCCGACACCCGUCAGAUCCCCGUCGGUGGCGCACCUGCUGCCGCCGCUCCCGCCGCUCCGUCGGCUGCCGGCGGUCUCGCCGGUACCAACUCGCUCGAAGCGCUCCGCAACCACCCCCAGUUUGACGCGCUUCGCCGCUUGAUCCAGUCCAACCCGGCGGCGCUCCCGACCGUGCUCCAGCAGAUUGGCGGCCAGAGCCCGGAAUUGCUGCGCUUGAUCCACGCCAACCAGGAGCAGUUUGUGCGCAUGCUCAACGAGCCGAUCGCGGAAGCCGCGCCGGCCGACCAAGGCGGCUUUGGCGACAUGGACGACAUGGGCGGCGCGAUGCCGACACCGCAGCAGCUCCAGCAGCUCAUGGCGUCGCUGUCGCCCGAGCAGCAGGCGCAAAUGGCGGCGCAAAUGGGCAUGACGCCGCAGCAGCUGCAGCAGUUUUCGCAAAUGCUGAGCCAAAUGCCGCCCGAGGCCGUCCAGCAAAUGAUGCAGCAGAUGGGCGGCGGCGCGCCCGGCGCGGGCGCGCCUACGCGUAUCCACCUCACGGAAGAGGAGGCUGCGGCCAUCAACCGCCUUGUCGACAUGGGCUUUGACCGCAACGAGGCCGUCCAGGCGUACUUGGCGUGCGACAAGAACGAAGCAUUAGCAGCCAACUUCCUCAUGGACAGCAUGUCGGGCGACUACGACGACGCGGCCGGCGGCAACUUUGGCGGCGACUCGAACGACGACAUUUAUGGUUGAGCGCCCACAGCGACUCGUUGUCGACCGCUAGCUAGACCCGUAUUAAGAAGAGCUUAUAGUCGUUGGCACCGACGCCGCAAGGGUGCGGGCUUUUAAGAGUC